GCGCAUUACGUGAAUCAUUAAAGAUGGCGUCUUUCAACAAGGAUAUUGAUUUCUCGUCCAUGAGAGCUGACUCUGAUGUAACUGGAUCGUCUACAGGACUAUACUGGCUUAACCCACCUCGCCUGUGCAGUAUGGAGGUGGGCAAAGGGCUUAAGGUAACUCCAACAUCAGGCAGUGACUAUUGGAGGAAGACCUACGAAGAUCCCCCUGCUAGCCGGGCUACUGGCAAUGGACUAGUGACCAAGAUCCCUCCUCAUGUCAAGAGAUGGAGUGUUUCUACAGUGUUGUCCAUGUCUCUGGUGGACCAGUACGACCAGGCAGGGCUUAUGGUGUACGUUGAUGACCUCCAUUGGUUGAAGGCUGGUAUAGAGUACGAGUGUGGCUCUCCCAACAUGAGUAGUGUGGUCACUAAUGGAGAGAGUGAUUGGAACUACUUCCCCUGGUCAUCUGUAGAGGAGGUGGUCUUGCGUGCAGAGCUGGAGAGGUGUGGGUCUGUCCUGGCAUGCAAGGUGGAGUACUAUCAGGCUGGUGUGUGGAGGGUACUGCGAGAGGCUCCCAUUUACACUGAACAGGGGUCAGAGGUCAGCGUUGGGAUUAUGGCAGCGGCACCAAAGAACGAAAAGGGGACUCCUGCUAUGGAGGUGGUCUUCAAGAACCUGAACAUUACUACACUGUAGUACAAUAGAGAGUAAAUUGGAAUAUUGGAAUUUUAUAAUAUUUGUACACAGGUGAUUUUAUAUAUACAUUAAAAGUUUCA